AUGCAAAAUUGGUUGGAAUUUCAGGCGGUCGUUAUGGCCGCCGGAAAGGGAUCUAGAAUUCCGGAGAUGACGGCCACGAAACCCAAAUGUCUGCUGCCAGUCGGUAAUAAGCCGAUGAUCUACUAUCCGCUCAAGAUGCUCGAAAACGCCGGGUUUAGUGAAACAAAAAUUAUUGUAACAGAUAAUUAUGCCAGUGAUAUACAAGAAGAAGUAGAUCGUUUUGGUUUUGAAAUGAAUUUAAAUUUUAUUCCAAUACCAUCUGAUGAAGAUUGGGGUACAGCUGAUUCUCUCCGACAUAUAGCUGAUUAUAUUUUGACCGAUGUAAUUGUUCUGAGUUGUGACUUAAUAACUGAUGUCGAUUUACAUAACGUUUUAAAUGUCUAUAGAAAUAAUAAUGCAUCAUUGGUGUCUUUAUACUUUUCACCACCACAAGAUGACCAGUAUAUUUUUACAGUUCCUGGGCCUAAAUCAAAAAAUAAACUUGAAAAAGAUAUCAUUGGAUAUGAUUCAAAAACUUCUAGAUUAUUGUUAAUGGCUUCAGCUUCAGACUAUGAAGAAACUAUGUUAUUAAGUAGUUCAUUGUUGUAUAAAUGUUCAAAUAUAACUCUUUGCUCACAAUUAUUAGAUUCUCAUAUGUAUGUUAUGAAACGAUGGCUCGUCAAUUAUCUUGUAAAAGAUAAAAAUAUAUCUACUCUAAAGGGUGAGUUACUUCCUUUUGUAGUGAAAAAACAACUAUCUAAACAUUGUAAAAAUGUGGAAUCAAGUGAAAAAUUUGUUGAAGAAAACGAAAAACCUGAUAUUUUUAAUAUACCAAAAGAAUCUGAUAUUGAAAAUAAGAUUCGUUCUUUGUCCAGUUUUGGUAGUAUGAUUAACUCUGAAGAAGUAAUUAAAUGUUUUGCUUUUGUGGUAAACUCAAAUAUUGGAGUUCGUGCCAACACUCUAUAUGAUUACUGUAGAAUCAAUAAAAUUAUUAACAAAUUAAACAUACAUUUAGGUGAUGAAAAAGAUAAAAUUUCACCUGAAGCUAAAAUCUUAUCCAAUCAAUUUGAUAGGGAAACAUGUUUUGUUGGAUCAAAUACUACAAUUAUGGAAAAAACAUCCAUAAAAAAUAGUACUAUUGGUUCAAGAUGCACAGUUAACUCAAAAACUAGAGUAACUGAUUGUAUUUUAAUGAAUGGUGUUAUUAUUGAAGAGAGAUGUGUGCUUCAAAAUUGUAUAGUAUGUCAUGAUGCUAUAAUUAGUGCUGGCUGUGAUCUCAAAGACUGUUUGAUAAGUGGUAAUUUCAAGGUCCCACCUGGAGAAAAACAUUACAAUGAAGUACUCACUGCAGUGGACAGACUAAUGGAAAUUUGAAAACUAAGAAAAAAAUUAUUUUAACUAUCAUAUAAUAUUACUGUAUACACAUUUUUCUAUUCAAAUAUAUACA